AACAUCCGUGACUGGUAGGUCGUACUCAGUAAGCCUCGCCCUGCGUGACGCAGGAGAGCGCCGCUGGCAGAUCCUCAUCAGAGUAUAUCAACCCUGCCUGACACCCAGCUUUCUGAUGUCACGCUGCCUAUUUAUCUCCUACUGUUGUAUACAUAGGUACUUUUAUUGUGUGUUAUUCCCAUUUCCGCUCACUCCCAAUCAAACGUAUCCUUCCAGCUCGAUCUUACCCUGCCCCACUUCACUCUUUCAACUCCAUCAACAACUUUCGACUCGCCGCCAAGCCACCCAAUUCCAAAACCCACCGCCCGCGUGCUGUGGCGCACGGGAUUUUCUCUUUCCCGGCUUCCGCCCAUCCCGCGCCCCGCCAAGUCUUCUCCGCUAUGACGACAUCGCCUGGCUGCUCGUCGUUUCCCUUGCCCGCUUCCGGAAACGGAAAAGUGAGAUCGGCAGGGGAGCCCGCGAGAUCAGCGCGCGAAAGCGUUUGAAAAGACCUGCGAAGACCUCCGCCCACCCGCCAGGGAUCUCUUGGAAGAAUGUGAAACAGCAUCCGGGAUGGGCAGAUGAGGAUGCGCGUUUUGGAUGGUUUGUUGGUGUUUGGGGUUGGGGGCCAGGCCAAAUCACUUCGAAAUACUGACUGUUGCACCGUACUAGAAAUUCUUCUUACAGUACAUACCGUGUGGUACUCAGGUCCUCCAACGCGACUCGGACCUUCACGAGGCUGAAUCAAGGUCCGCCAGUCACAUCACUUCGAAAUACUCUCUGUUACACCGUCUGCAAGCCAUACCCCCAAUGU